CAGUGGAGUGCGACGCGCCUAGCCGACGCCUGCACCUACAAACUUCACGAACAGUCGCACUUGUGCGAAAUCCAGUCCAGGAGUAAUCGUGCUCCGUCCGGCAGCGCCUGUCCGCUUGCAAAAAGUCGUCCUUGCACAGCAGUGCAAAACUGCUACAACUCCCGACCGUCGUGCCGCGAGAAGAGAAGAUGCUCAAGCUCUCAACAUUAGCAGUCGUCGCGUUGGGCUACACGCCGCCGGGCCGCGCGCGCCAGCCACUGACGCCGCACGCAGCUUCAUCAGGCUACAUCGCGGACAUCCCGCAAGGCGCGCCGGACGCCAUUUUAGGAAUAGCGCAGGCCUUCCGCGAAAGCAAUGCAGAGAACAAGGUGAAUCUGGCCGUCGGCGCUUAUAGGGAUGACGGCGGCGUGCCCUUCGUGCUGCCGUCCGUAAGCGAGGCCGAGCGCCGCAUUCUGGAGCGAGGAGAAAAAAAGGAGUAUGCUCCCAUCGACGGCCUGGCGGACUACACGAAGCUGGCCUUGCAGUUCGCCUACGGCGACUGCGCGCCUCUCAAGGAGGGCCGCAUCGCGGGCGUGCAGACGCUGUCCGGGACGGGCGCGUGCCGCAUCGCGGGCGAGUUCUACGCGCGCUUCCUGCCGGAGGGCACGGCGAUCUACGCUUCUGAUCCUACCUGGGGCAACCACAUCCCGAUUAUGAAAUUAGCCGGCUUGGAGGUCAAAAGGUACAAGUACCUGGACCGGGCGACGAAUACGCUGGAUUUUGACGGGUUCAUGAGUGAUUUGGAAGCGGCACCAUCGGGCUCGAUCUUCCUGCUCCACGCGUGCGCGCACAACCCGACGGGCGUCGACCCGACGCCGGAGCAGUGGCGCGUUGCCGCGUGGAACUCAAGUGGGGACCUAAUUCACUGGUCGAUUUCCACGCAGGCGCGCGAUCUCGCAGAAGAUUUUGGAGAAGGGCCACCACGUGCUCAUGGACUGCGCCUACCAGGGCUUCGCGAGCGGCGACGCGGAGAAGGACGCCUUCGCGAUUCGGUUGUUCGUGGAAGAGGGCCAUUCCUUACUGCUGGCGCAGUCCUUCGCGAAGAACUUUGGGUUAUAUGGCGAGCGCGUCGGCACUUUAUCCGUAUUAUGCAAGGACAAGGACGAAGCUGCCAGAGUCCUGUCGCAGCUCAAGCUCAUCAUCCGGCCCAUGUACUCGUCGCCGCCGAUCCACGGCGCGCUCAUCGUCAAGGAAGUCCUAUCGGACGCGGCGCUAUCGAAGCAGUACUACGCGGAGUGCGCGGCCAUGGCCGAGCGCAUCGGCGGCAUGCGUCUGCGACUCCGGGAGGAGAUCGAGGCGGCGGGGUCGAAGCACGACUGGUCGCACGUGACCGAUCAAAUCGGCAUGUUCGCCUUCACGGGCAUGACGGCGGACAUGUGCGACGAGCUGACGGCGGAGCACGCCAUCUACCUCACGAAGGACGGCCGCAUUUCUAUUGCCGGGCUGAACGCGGGCAACGUCGCGACGGUCGCGCGCGCGAUCCACGCCGUGACCGACGGUAAGGCGAUUGGGAGCGGGUAAGAAAGUAGUAG